AUGGAGGAAAGGCGAUUCGAUGCGAACGGGCUUGCCAUUCUAACAGGAGUUAGUGGUCUGUUUUGUAUCGACAUCGAUAUCUCUACAAAAGAUGAGAAAAGCAAGCGCCCGGGGAUCGAGCUCUGGGAGCAACUUGUCCAUGAGCACGGAGAACCGGAAACGCUUCGGGCAAGGACGGGAUCAGGGGGCAUUCAUCUGUACUUCAAGGCCGACUCCCCGGGUUUGAAGCGGAAAAGGAACUUUCAAGGCGUAAAGGUUAACGGUGAAGCCUACGGUAUCGAUGGAAGGGCGGCUGGAGGAGUAAUUUUUGCUGAGCCAACAAGCUAUGUGAACGGCCAAGGUGAGCUUGCAAUCUACCGGUGGGAGACUGAGAACGGGCCUCCCAGCUACGAGGCAUGCCGAGAGAUGCCCGUGUGGCUGACGGAGCUGGCGAAUAACCCCAACGGCCAUGGCCACGCAGCUGCAGGCGAGGAAGAAGAAGAGACAGAGCCGGUCGAUCCUGAUGACGAUAUGCAAGCGAUUACCAAGUACACCCGAGGCAGUCAAGAGGUGCAAGACUUACUUCUACGCAUCGUUAUUGAGCAUGCGGCUCCCAAGGCCUUUGCCAAUCUGGGACGUCUAUUUGCUUAUUUGUAUAUGAUCGAGUGUCGGAUCCUUGCAACUACAAACGAGACGGAGAAGAGUCGAGAUCAGAUAUUCUUUGUAUGGAACGGGACCUCUUGGGCACAAGACACAUCCAACCUGGUCAUGGACGUAUUCACAAGUCAGAUGGGCUGUCUGUUGGCAUGGUAUGAGAAGCAGCGAGAGAGGUGCUUGAGCACCUUGUGCGCAGGCCGCCCUGAAUUAGAGGGUUUUGUGGUCGGUGGCGUCCUACAGUCUCUCGAUUCCAAAGAGGUCGAUUCCAAGCAGGCGAAAAAGGUUAAGAUGGCUGUGGACUCAUGUAUAAAAGAGCUAGAGAAGACCAUGCCAAGCUUUGGGAAGAUCAAUGUGCAGGAUCCCGCUGAUGUUCGCAAGUGCAUGCAUUCCGUGGUACCUAAGUUGCACGUGAAGGGAUUGCUCGACCUGUUCGAUCAAGACCCGACAGUUGCAAAUGCUCAGAACGGGCUGAUCGACCUUAUAACGGGUGCUCUGCUUUCCCACCACCCCCAAGAUCUCUGCAACAAUCAGACUUGCAAGUACAUUUCCGGCGCGUCCACACGAUCAACCGCCCGAUUUCAAACGUUCUUAAUGGAUAUCCUCCCACCGGAGGCGAUCAAGUGGCUCCAGAUGUUUCUGGGAUACUGCCUGACGGGAGAGACAUCGGAGGAACUCUUAGUGAUUGCCAACGGGCUAAGUGGAGCGAAUGGUAAAAGCGCGCUGAAGGGAGCGCUUGAAAGGGCAUUCGGAAGCUAUGCUUGCCCUGGUAACAAAGCCAUCUUUAUGAAGCCUUCAUUCAAGGCCAAUGGUUCCGCGGCAUCGAGUCACCUGAUGCAGAUUCGGACCAAUAGAUUCGUCUCAUGUGACGAAAGCGAUGGAGUCGAAGAGCUCCAUGCAUCAUUCUUGAAGGAGGCGAGCACAGGAGGUAGGAUCAACGCACGUGAGCUGUUUUGCAAAGCACAGAGCUACGUGCCGCAAUACAAGCUUUUCCUAUUUACGAACUAUCGGCCACACUUUCCAAGUGAUGACACCGCCCUCAUUCGGCGGAUGGUUCUCAUGAUGUUCAACUACACCUUCAAAACCCCAGACAAGCUUGAUGCAAACAAUGAAUGGCACAAGCCCAUUGAUGUGAGCUUGAAGCCCUACUUCGAGUCGGAUGAAGGAGCAGCUGACACUCUAGACUUUUGCGUUCGGGGAGCAAUCAUGUAUUAUGCUGAAAAGGAGCUUGCACCCAGCUCAAAGGUUCUCUCCCCUAUUCCGAAGGCGUUCAUGGCUGCAGUCGACGAGUAUGCUGAAGAGAACGACAAGCUUCAAGCGUUCAUUGACGAGGCUUGCACAACCAAGGGCGCGAAUCUCAGUGUUGCCAAAUCUGAUUUCGUUGAGGCCUUCACGACUUUCUUGUAUGCGGGCGGACAUGAUGUGACUUUGGCGGGCGACGGAUUGGCAAGAGCGAUGUGCUUGAAAGGAUUCUCGCAGAAGCCGCCAGGAGGGGGAAACAAUCCAAUGAUAAGGACCCUCGAUGGUAAGAAACGGGGAAGAGGCUUCUUUGGGAUCCGUUUAAAGACCGACGAAGAACUUAUGGAAGCGGCUAAGAAGGAUCCCGACCCUAAACAGCCUGAUACAACAUGA